GGAGUUGGGAUAGCGACAGUGUAGGAACUAAGCGUCGGAAUUAGUUCCACGCCGGAAGUAUAUAUGAGGAGUUCACAAGGACCUUAUUAAGAAGCCAUCUAGGCAGUGAUAGAGAUAGCGGUUCAAUAGACGCUUGGCAACGUACCCUUAUCUGAAGUCAUUGGCGCCCAGAACCAUAACUCAGAACUGGCGAUAAUGACCUUUUACAUCAACAUCGCACCCAUUCCGCCAUGCGGACCGAUUCCCACUACCGAGGAGGUAAAACGACCCAAUAGAAGCUGGACCAUUGGAAGGAAGCAGCGGUCGAUAAACAUGAAGCACUAGAGAACCUUAUCUAGGGACUGAAAAUGCGGGGAAAUGAUGGAUUAGGGAAAGAUAUCCUCACUCUUUGCCUAUCAUCCUCAACGUCGAUCCGCUAUCAAUUCCGUCCUCAUUCCGCUAUAAUGGGAUGUCUGUGCAUCGUGAACAUCUAUUCUGCCUGUCAGAAUAUGCUGAUAACCACAGCUCGGAAUUCGAUAAGCGUUCCGACCACCACACCCUAUCUUGAUAAACCAUGAUAUCGUUACUAAUGGAUGUAUACUUGGAAGCCCUAAGUGACCUGACAUCCACCUCCCUCAAUAGUAUACAGCCCAUGACCUAUUGUACUCAAUAUACCAAAAUAAAAAUAAAAAAUGGAAUAGAAUAUAUCUACACUUCUCUCAUCACUCCCCCCACGUUUUUAACGUUGCCAAACCACAGAAACAGUAUGGGCAAACAAGACCUCAAAUCCAAUCAUGACCUCUCCACUCCCUCUAUCGAACUAUCCAAUGGCCAAGUCGCCGAAACUGGCCUCCCCGGUACGCCAAUGAGGCGAAAGUUUAGCAUCCUCAGCAUCAUCGCCGUAGGUUACAAUAUCACCAACAGCUGGAUUGCCAUCGCUGCUAGUUUUCCUAUCGCCAUCCAGUCAGGCGGGGCUGUGACUCUGGUCUAUGGGAUUAUCCUCGUUGCUGUCGCUAUGCUUUUUACAGGGUUGACUCUCGCGGAGCUGGCGAGUAUCUAUCCCACUGCAGGUGGUCAAUAUCAUUUCACUUCAAUCUUGGCCACGAGUCGCUGGAGUCGCAGUCUAUCAUACUUUAGUGGGCUUGCGGCCGUAUUCUCUUGGAUUACGCUGGGCGCGUCCAUCGCAGUGUCUUCUACAAAUCUGCUCAUGGCCAUCGUUAUACGCUGGCAACCGGAAUAUCAGCCGCAGACCUGGCAUUAUUUCCUCGUGUACCAAGCCAUGAAUGCUCUUAUGGUUGUUUAUAACAUAUUCCUCACCAAUAAGACCCUGUGGGUCUACAAUCUAGGUUUUCUCCUCUCAUUAUCCACAUUCCUCGCCAUAACAAUUACCUGCCCCGCUCGCUCCUCCACGCAAAUCGACUCCUCACACGUGUGGACACAAUUUGUGAACGGCUCAGGAGGCUGGCCAGAUGGCAUCUCGUUCUUGACCGGUCUCUCGACGCCCCAAUUCAUGCUUUCCGGUCUCGACGCAACCCUCCAUCUUGCGGAAGAAUGUCUUGAACCGGAACGGAUCGUCCCGAAAGCUAUAGUUGUCACGAUUAUCGUGGGAUUUCUCACUGCAUUCCCGUUCGCUAUUGCUAUCCUCUACAGUUACAAGGACGUCGCCCUCUCUCUAUCAUCACCGACAGGAUUCCCAAUCUACUUUAUCUGGGAAAAGGCGACCCACUCCCCAUCUGCCGCCACAAUCUUCAUGGCCUGCACUCUCGUCGUCUCCCUCGUUGCCCUAAACGCAGUGCACCAGACCGCAUCUCGACUAACAUGGUCCUUCGCCCGAGACGAAGCACUAUUCUACUCGAAUAAAAUAGCAUCUGUUAGUCCAUCUCUCGGGGUUCCUGUAUACGCAAUCCUUGUGGAUGGAAUGUGCGUUCUGCUAUUAGGGAUUGUUUAUGUCGCUUCUUCGAACGCAUUUAACGCCUUCAUUAGCACAACAGUCAUCGUCGCCCAAAUUUCCUACGCCGUUCCCUCCGCACUCCUCCUUUAUCGUCGUCGAUCGACAGAUUACCUCCCCCCAUCGAGGCCGUUCAAGCUCCCCAACUCGGUCGGAUAUAUCGUUAAUGUAAUGACGAUUGUGUGGGCGGUUGUGUUGACGGUUUUCUUCUCGUUCCCGACCGUGUUGCCCGCUACCAGUGGGAAUAUGAACUAUACAUCGGUGGUCCUGGUCGCCAUGCUUAUUUUGGGUAUCGCGAACUGGUUCGCAUACGCGAGGAAGCAUUAUCACGGACCAAGACUAGAAUUAUAG